AGGAUUGCUACAUGCUUGACUUCUGCUGCCAUGCUAGACUGGAAUUGUAGAUGUGAAACAUGGCUGCCCAAGUACCCGUAAUCUUGUUGGUCAGCGACGAGUAUGGGAGUUUCAAAGGGGGGAUUUCUACGAUCAACUGCCAGGCGAGCCAAACCCUGCAAGGCAAGGCAGUCGUGUACUGCACAGUCCUACAACUAAAGGUGCCCGAACAAGACCAGGAGGCAGCGGACAGAGAUGGCGUCACACUGAUACGGCCAGAUCCACGAGGUAGGAAGACCGAGCCAACUUUAGAAUGGCUGACCUACUACCAUCAUCAACACUUUCCAAACCUCCCCAAGAACGUCACCUGCAUCAUAGGCCAUGCCGACAUCACAGAUACGGCUGCACGAAACAUCAAGGAUGACCGCUAUCCAUAUGCAGACCUCAUCAUGUUCACUCACGUCUUACCCGGGGAUACAGAGUACUACAAGGGAGGGAGGAAGGCCAUGAAAGCUAGGGAGAAAGAGAAGGACAUGCUUGAUAAAGUUGACAGGGCAAAGGCAGUUUUCUCGGUGGGCAUGCGGAUCUACCUCCACUUUCAUAGCAAGUAUAGGGGAGGGAAGAAACCGCAGAGUCACCACAUCUUCCUCCCGAAGCCAUCCGAGAUGUUCCUGGAUGCCUAUGUGAGUCCUUGGGGAGGGGAGAAAGUCGUCCUGUCCAUUGGCAGGGUGAGGAAGGUGGAGAAGCUGAAAGGUCAUGACCUCGUGGGUGAGUCCAUGAGGGAGGUGGUGAAGAUAAUCAAGAACGUCCGGUUGCGUGUCCGCGGCAUUAGCGAGGAUGAUUGGAAGACCAGGCAGAAGAUCCUGGAAGACGCACUGAACAGUCCCGACCUGAACCCCAGCCUGCUGCCGUACGGGACACAGGAGGAGAUCAGGGACGACAUAAUGAUGGCCCACCUGGUCCUGAUGCCGUCCCGCUCAGAGCCGUUCGGGCUGGUCGGUCUGGAGGCCAUCGCCGCUGGCAUCCCCGUCCUCAUCUCCGACAAGACCGGCCUGGCAGAGAUGAUCCUCGGCUUGAUUGGUGAGGGGAAACUCAGCGCAGAGCACAGGCACGUCAUCGUGGAGACCGGCGUGAGCGACCGCAAUCGUGCCGGUGAUGCUGAAAGGUGGGCAAAGAGAAUCGUGGACAUUCUUCAGCACAGCGACUCGGAGUUCGAGAAAGCUGCCAGGCUCAAGCGGGAGCUCCUGGAGUCCAGGUACUGGGAGGAAUCCCACAAUGCCUUCCUGCAGGCCUGCGGCGUCACAGGCGAGGUGCCUGUUGAGGUCCUAUUGCGCGGACCAGAGAUGGCGAGCUUGUACGCCACCGCCUGCCGCCAGGGGUCGCUGCCAGUAUACAGCACACGGGUUCCGGUGGUGGGACAGUUCAGGUCAGGGAAAACCUGCUUCAUCAAGAGGCUGAUGGGAGAAACGGUCAGCGGGGAUCCGGAGGAGAAGGAACCCAUCACUGAUGGAAUCAACAUCAUUUCAGAUGUACAAAGCAAGACAUGGAAGAAGUCAAAAGAGGAGGACGUUGAGAUGACAGGGACCUUACAACAGGAUACAGAAGAGGCACCAGAGGCUACUUUGGAAGAAGUGAUUGCUGUUGAACUCUUCCCUCUAUAA